AUGGCGGCCCAAAAACCGUUUGCACUGGCCUUGGAGCAACGGCAGAAUGACAUGGCUAAUGCGGUUCUCGACACUUGGAAAAAGACCGUCGAACGAACGCCAACUAUUGAGAUCCUACCCCCCUCUCUCGACCGCACAACAUGGAUGUCUGUACUCGCAGAGUUCAGGACCAUCCUUGGAGACGAUGGCGUAUUAGUGGGUCAUGAGCAACGCACCCGCUACGUUGACCCAUACGCAAAAGAGCAUGAUGAACAGGAGAAGCGAGGGAGCGCGGCCACUCUUCUUCCUGUGACGGUUGAAGAAAUCCAGGCUAUUCUGAGACUCUGCAACAAACACCAAAUUCCACUGUGGACAGUCUCUAGAGGAAAGAAUUUGGGUUACGGCGGCUCUGCAGCCAGAGUCAAAGGUUCGAUGAUACUCGACCUCCAGCGGAUGAGGAAAAUCAUCGAGAUCAAUGAAAAGUACUCGUACUACACGGUUGAGCCAGGAGUAACUUUUUUCGAUAUCUACAGAGCCAUCCAAGAUCAAAAGAAAAACAUUUGGUGUUCUGUCCCUGCCCUGGGCUGGGGUUCUAUUGUCGGCAACGCCCUGGAUAGAGGAUGGGGAUAUACACCAGCAGGUGACCAUUCGAAUCAAAUCUGCGGAAUCGAGGUCCUCCUCGCAGACGGAACGCUUGUCCGAACAGGCGCGGGCGGGCUGAAUGAAUCACCCUGCUGGCCUCUUUUUCGAGGCGGCUACGGACCCACGUACGAAUCAAUGUUCAGCCAAAGCAACUUUGGUAUAGUCACAAAGCUCAGCCUCUGGGCCUCGCCCAGCCCUCAGGGCUUCAUGGCAUGUCGGGUAGACAUUGAGGAUGAAGAAGGGCUUGCGCCUAUGAUCGACGCUUUCCGCGACCUGUUACUUCGCGAUGCGAUUCAGAAUCACCCUCUGAUAGGGAACAUCCCGAGAGAAAUUGUCAAACGUGGAGGCCGCGAAAAGUUUUACCAAGGCAACGAUGCAAUUCCGGAUGCGAGGCUGAAGGAGAUACAGCACGAGUUGGGAAUCGGAUAUUGGUCUGCAAGAUUUGCACUCUAUGGACCGAAAGAGAUCAUUGAGCCAAACUACAAAAGAUGUCAAGAGGUCUUUGACCGGCUUCCUGGCGCAAAACUCACCGGCAGGGCAUUCUAUCCUUCGGAAGGGAGAACCUUGUUAAGCCCGGAGGAUCUUCCACACGAAGAGCGGACAGUUGAGACUGGAACCCCCAGUAUGAUGGCCUUGAAAGCUGUCGAAUAUCGUGGGAAAGAUGGCGGACAUAUCUCUUUCUCCCCCGUCUUGCCUCCCGACGGCAAAACAGCCCUUUCCUUCUAUUAUGCCGCCAAGUCCCUUUGUGCCAAAUACAGCUUUGACUACUUCGGAGGCCUACACCUAUACGCUCGUCAUCUGACAAUGAUUGACAUGAUCUACUUCGACAGACAAUCGCACGCCGAGCGGCAGAAUGCACACCAGCUGUUUGUUGAAUUAGUUCACCUCGCUCGGCAGCAAGGGUUCAGUGAAUAUAGGGCUCAUAUCGACUACAUGGACCUCGUUGCCGAACAGUACGACUUCAACGGCGGCAGCCUGAUGAAGUUGAAUGAGCGAAUUAAAGAUGCUUUGGAUCCCAACGGAAUUUUGAGCCCUGGGAAGCAAGGUAUUUGGCCUCAGACUUAUAGAGGAAAGAAGGAUCUGGAGAUGGUUAAUGGCGGUAUGGUCACCAAUGGCUCGAAGAAUGGUGGAAAUGUUGUCGUUGCCAUGAAGGACCUGACAAUUGGAAAACCAACCGAGGGAUGGAAUCAACCCGUCCUCAUGUUUUAG